AUGACUGCAACUGAGGAACAAGGGAAAGAGCAAGGGGAGAAGCUCAGCAGUAUCUUGCCAGGGUCAGACCUUGCCUUACCCGGAUUUGACCUUCAGCGCGCGAGCAUCACUUCAGCGGCUUUGAGCGAUGUGCCCAGUGAUGUGAUUAUUAAAUCUCGGAUUAGAUAUGGCAGUCGUCUGUCCGCUUGCAAGGGUCUCCUGCUGGAGUACUCGAAGAGCACGACUAUUCACGGCAUACGCUAUAUAUUCGAGGUGCAUCGACCCAUUUACGAGAAAUUAUACUGGCUAGUGUUGACGUGCACUUCCGUCUACUUUGCGGUCUCCCUUAUUUGGGCAACCUACCUUAAGUGGCAAGACUCUCCGGUGAUUUUGGGUUUUGAUGAGACACUCGUUCCUGUGUACAAGAUUCCCUUUCCCACCAUUACAAUAUGUCCUGAAAUCAAAAUGGAACGCAACGUUUUUGACUAUGCUAAUAUAUCGCGACUGAUUUGGGAUAAAUUCCAGCAGAACGAGGACUUCUCCGACAUUAACGAAGAAGACUUGCAGCGCAUGGCUGCCACUAUGCACAUUUGUGACUCGGAUGUGGCAACCAAAUUUGCCCCUUUGCUGUCGAAUCUACGCUCUGGCUUACCGCCACUGGAUGUGUCAGAAACUCUUGUGGAUUUAACCAUUUCGAAGAAUGUGACGGGUCCAUUUUGCAGAUGGAAUGGACGUUUCUAUUUCUGCAAUAAAAUAUUCGACUUUGUGGCCACCGAUGAGGGUAUUUGCUAUCAGUUUAAUGGACUUCGACCCAAGGAUAUAUAUCGAGAUGAACGUUUUGUCAGCUACGUUGAUCCGGAUGUGGUUAGCUUUGACGAUUACUUCGAUGCCGAUUUACCUCCUCUCAAUAAGAUUACCGGAAAUUGGUCCUUGGAUACGGGCUAUGUCGAUCAGGGACAAAAUUCGUAUCCUCAGCGAACAAUUGCGUCGUCAGUGCGGAAUGGAUUCUUUGCAUUUUUGCAGGGUCUCGAGCAUAACUAUGACUACGACUGUCGCAGUUUUAAGCAGGGUUACAAGGUAUUCCUCAACUCACCAGAGAGUGUGCCGCUUACCUCAAAUAAUUACAUACUUGUUCCUCAUGGUAGUGAAGUUAUGGUUGGUGUGCUGCCCAAUUAUGUCGUGUCCACAAGUAAUUUACACGAAAUUAGCGCCGAAAAGCGCCAGUGUUACUUCGAUGAUGAGCGCGCUCUUCGCUACUUUAAAGCUUACUCGCAGAGCAAUUGCCAGACCGAAUGCCUGGCCAACUAUACCAUGGCCAAGUGUGGUUGCGUCAAGUUCUGGAUGCCCAAGCCCUUGGAUGUUCCAGUUUGUGGUGUAGCUGGAAUAGCCUGUUAUAAUGCCGCACAGGAUGAACUUAAUGCCUUGCUACAAAAUCAGACCAUGCAGAAGACUAUAAAUCCCAAUGUCAAGGUUAUGUGCGAUUGUAUGCCAGCCUGCACAUCGCUUGAAUACAACUUUGAGAUCUCUCGAGCCGAAUAUAAUUCUACAAAAACUAUUAUAGCCUUUCGUGGUUCGUACGAACUCACCGAUUCUAUCGGCUCUCGUCUGACCGUCUUCUUCAAGGAGCAACAGUUCACAGCCAUUAAGAGAACAAUUCUCUUUGGUGUAUCAACGUUGAUAUCCAAUUUCGGAGGCAUAUUAGGCUUGUUUAUGGGCAUCUCCAGCUUGAGCUUCAUCGAACUGGUUUAUUUCUUCUCGAUGCGCAUUUGUGGAAGCUGCAGAGAUCGUCGAAAGCAUCAGGCCACUCGUCGGAUAUUCCCUGAGGACAAACAAGAAAAGGAUCAAUCGAUCGGUGUUUCUAACUGACUAACCCAUUUAAAUUUAAACUAUAAAAUUAUACAUUUUGCAUAAGUGUUUUAAAAUUUCUAACAAUGGAGCAUGCACAUACAAACAACAAAACAUUGAUUCCCAUUUUCAAGAAAACCAUAUUCUACAAAUAUACCAAAAAUAUAUCACAAAAAUACUAAAAUAUACCGAAAUUUGGUAAAUCAAUAUUAUUCUAUAUUUAAAAUAUAGCAUA